AUGGAUCCCUUCCCCCCUGACGCCCCGCAAUCCUUGUCCAGCGGCGGCACCUCCCCAGAGCAGCCCAAUGAUGGCUCGGCCAUGGCCGCCUCCCUGACUGGCGCCGCCUCCUCGUCGGCGAGCACCUCGCAGGCCCCAGCUGCGGCCGCCGGCCCUACUGUCCCUGCUGCAUGUCUAGCCUGUCGAAGCAAGCAUCUCAAAUGCGACGGCUUCACGCCCUGCUCCCGCUGCACCAGCUCCAACCAGGAGUGCAUCUACGUGGCGUCGCGUCGUGGCUACAAGGGCCCUAGGAGGAACACGGCCCAGAACCCCAACAAGAGACAUGCCUCCUCGUCGCCGCCCUCGUCCACUGGUGUGUCCGACGCAGCGUCGUGUCCCAUGAUGCUCGGCGCCCCGCCCGUCUCCCUCCCGACGACCGGCUUCAAUCCGGCCGUCGUCCUGCCCGGAACGCCCGCCACCACUGCCUACGCCCAGACGCCCGCGCCUCUCUCGCAGAUGGCCCUCUUCCGCAAUCCCUUUGGCAGCAGCAUCGACCAGACCAGCAUGGCCCUCGCCGCCGCGUCCACGGGCGCACCGCCGCCCCCGACCUCGAGCGUCGGUGAGCGGUGUCUUGACGCCUACUACCACUACUUCUUCUCUGCGCACCCCAACGUGCUCCCCAAGGAGCACCUCUUACGGUUCAUAAAGGACCACCCGGGACGACUCGAUCAUCUCGUUGCGGCUAUGCGAUACAUAGGCUCGCUAUUCCUCGACGUCGGCCCGGCGCGCGCCAUGUACUUUGACGAGGCUAUCCGCCUUGCCUACUUACCCACCUGCCCCAAGGACGGAUUCCUGGUCCAGACCUUGCUGAUGCUCAUUGUCGCCCUCGACGGUAGCUGCAACCAGGAGCGGGCUCGGCAGCUGCUGGGCGACUGUGAGAGGAUAGCCGUAGAGAUUGGUCUCAACACCCGGCAUUUCGCCACCGAGCACGGCCACGGCAAUCGCGUGCUGGAGGAGAGCUGGCGACGCACCUGGUGGGACCUCUUUGUCGUGGACGGCAUGGUUGCCGGCGUGCACCGCAUGACCAACUUUUUGCUGUUCGACGUGCCUGCCGAUGUCGCCCUGCCGUGCGAGGAGCACGAGUACAUCUCAGGGGAGAUACCCACCCCCAUGUACAUUGAGGACUUUGACGACCAGCUCUUCUCGGGCGAAGACCGCGAGUUCUCGUCGUUUGCCUACCGCGUCGCGGCGGCGCGCAACCUCGGCCGCUUCAUGCGGUGCCCGCCCAUCCUCUUCCCGGAGGACGAGAACCUCGCUAAGAUCGAGUCUCUCCUCACGAACUGGAGGAUGCACCUGCCGCAGGCCAAGAGGGACGACCUGACCAAGGGCUGCCAGCUCGACGAGAUGAUGUUCCAGGCCCACUUCAUCACUCACGCAUGCUCGAUCCUCCUCCACCAGCCGCACUCGCAGCUCGACUCGUCGCCGGCGCGCAGCGUCAACUCGUGCGCGCCGCACAGCGUCGUGCCCACGGGCGACGCCUUCAACUCGCACACGCGCCACACCAUCACGGCGGCCUGCGAGAUCAGCAAGAUGGUGACGCAGGCGGUGCCCCUGCUGUCGCACACGCACUUCUUCACCUGCGUCAUCACGCUCUCGUCCAUCGUGCACCUGAGCAAGUGGGCGCUCUUCUACAUCCAGGACGAGGAGGACCUGCGGCAGCAGAUCCGGCUCAACAUCGGCGCGCUCGGCAAGCUCAGCGACGUGUGGAAGGCGGCCGGCACGGCGGCCGGCCAGGUGAAAGGCGUCGCGCAGGAGAUCUACCGCGCCAAGAAGGCGCAGCAGAUCAACCCGGCCUUCUGGGUCGGCUUCACCCAGGAGGAGAUGAUCAGCAGCCUCAACGCCGACGAGGGCAUCAUGGCCGAGUUCGACUCGAUGCUCCAGGUCGUGCCGCAGGUGACCCAGCCGCCGACGACGCAGUAG